AUGAGAUGUAUUUUUGUUGCUCUGUGUUUGUUUGAGAUGUUGCAAACAAUCAGUGGACAAACGCCUUCAACGAUGGUGAACUCGGGAAAUCGCCCCGUCGUACUGGUUACAAACAAGGAAACACCGGAGAAGGGUAUCAACAAGUUGAAGCUCAAAUGUGAUGUUAUCUUUCCCAAAAGUCAUCCGGCAACACGAGACGAGAUUCUGGAACUCGCAGGCCAGGUCGAUGGAAUAAUGUGGGUUGGUCAUAUGGCGCUGAACGGUGAAGUGCUGGAUCGUGGAGGCGAGCGAUUGAAAGCUAUCUCUACGAUGUCGGCUGGCAUGGAUUACGUAGAUAUAGAUGAGUUCCGGAAGCGUAAGUUCCCGCUUGGAUAUACCCCGAUCGUGCUGAACGAUGCCGUAGCAGAUUCCGCAAUUGGGUUGAUGAUUGCUGCUGGUAGACGGUAUCACGAGGGACGUCUAGCCAUCGAUCAGUCCCAGUGGCAGGGAGGCCCACAGUGGUUGCUCGGACAAGAUAUUAAGGGUAGCACGGUGGGAAUCAUCGGAAUGGGUGGAAUCGGGCAAACGAUUGCUAGGCGGCUAAAGGGUUUCGACAUUGGACAGCUGUUGUACUCGGGUCGCCGACCAAAACCGGAAGCGGAAGCGCUCGGUGCCAAAAUGGUGCCACAGGACGAGCUUUUGCAGGAGAGCGACUAUUUGUUCAUCGCUGUCCCGCUUACCAAUGAAACGUAUCACCUGAUUAAUGAGACUACGCUGGCCAAAAUGAAACCUACGGCCGUACUGGUAAACGUGGCGCGGGGUGAUAUCGUCGAUCAGAAAGCGCUCGUAGCAGCCCUUAAGAAAGGUACGAUCUUUGCGGCAGGUUUGGAUGUGAUGACCCCGGAACCACUGCCAGCUGACGAUGAGCUGUUGGGUCUACCAAACGCAGUUGUCGUUCCCCAUCUGGGUUCUGCUACGGUUCAGACAAGGAACAACAUGGCCGAAAUAGCAGCACUGAAUGUGUUGGCAGGAAUCGCCAAAACGCCAAUGUUUUCCCCCUAUCCGUAUUAA